UUCUUCAGCCGCUUUACAAGCCAAUGCCACUUUCCGCUACGUGUAUCCUUUGAACCAGACAGCCAUGCAUAUGCUGCAGUUCGCCGUCGUUUCAAUCCCCUUGGCAUCUAUUAUGGCGGGACACACUUUGGACUUCUAUCAGGAUACCAGGACGAGGCCCAUCCUGGUGUACGAGUGUUAUCGCACGGGAGUCACCGCAGAGCCACAGGAUGCGGUCAACUUCACCUCGCUCUUCGACUGCACGGUGGCGUCGGGGGACCAGAAGUGCGAGGCGGUCACGUGGACGGCGGAGAGCGGAAGCCCUGAGAGCUACCAAAAGAAUAUUCUGGAGUACGACUAUGAUGAAGCCAGCGACUCCUUGGUGGUGUCGUCGAGUGAUUUCACGGAGCGGAUCAGCAUGCCAAUCAGGCCCCACAACGGUAUGGCUUACUAUUUCAAGAUGACCAUCACCACGGAUGAAGACCGCGAGGUGUACAAGCUGUACGACGUGGAAUCCACUUGCGGCAACGCGGCCCUGCUUCUGAGCCAGCUUGACCUCGAAGGCCGAGGAAACUUCGUGUUCUCCCGAGCCGUGGUUGAGCCGACUCAAUCGUGCAAGAGGUCUCUGAAGUGUGCCUGAAGUGCGUGACUGUAGAGGCAAUAAACAGGAGGAAGUU